AGAACAAGAAGGAGGACAGCAGAGGGAGGAGCGGGUGAUGCUGGAUCAACAGUCUCUUUAAAUCUCUCAACAGUUACAGCUAUUUCUGUAUUUACCUUAAAAGAGCGAGUAGAGCGUACCGUAAAUGGAGCUGCACAAGCUUGACCUUUAGCUUCACUUAAAUGGUUAAUGGAAAUUUUCAAACUCUUCCCAGACCUCCAUAUUUGCACUCUUUCACCAUGAACGCUUCACACCUGAAUGACUCCACCCCGCUGUGCUACUCCAUCAACAGCCCACCCUUCCAGUACCACCCCACCAUCGCCUCCGCAUACUUCUCCUCCAUCUUCAGCGUUCUCGGACUCACCUCAAACCUUGUAGCCUUCCUUGUCCUCCUUCAGUCCUACAAACGAGUCAAAACCCGAUCACGCUCCUUCUUCCUGGUUUUCCUCGGCGGCUUGGUCGUCACUGAUUUUCUGGGACUUUUAGUAACCGGAUCUAUCGUAGUUUCGUUCCAUGUCACACAUUUCAACUGGCGCCAAUUGGACCCCAACUGCCAUUUCUGUAACUUCAUGGGCAUGUCGAUGGUCUUCUAUGGGUUGUGUCCAUUACUUCUUGGUGCAGCAAUGGCGAUCGAACGCUUCUCAGGGAUUAACUGUCCAUUUUCAAGAUCUCAAGCCAUGCCCAGGAAAAGAACUGUCAUCAUGGUCUUGCUUGUGUGGAUGAUUGCUGGUUUGAUCGCUUUACUUCCCAUAGUUGGAGUUGGUAGCUACCACAUGCAGAUGCCAGGGUCGUGGUGUUUCUUCAACAUCAGCUCCAUUGGGAAUGAUAAAAUCUUCUCGCUGGUCUUCUCCCUGGUUGGGUUGAUGUGCCUGGCUGUGUCGUUUAUGCUGAACACUGUGAGCGUGGUGACUCUGAUCAGAGUUUGCUGUGGACCAGGCGGCACCCAAAGGCGACGAGAUCACGAGGUGGAGAUGAUGGUGCAACUUAUUCUUAUAAUGGUGAUAGCUUCGGUCUGCUGGUGUCCGCUGCUGGGCUAUACUUUGAUGAGUGCUGUGACUGGGGAUCCUGUAUCUGAACAAAAGUUAUUGUUCAACAUCCGAAUGGCCACCUGCAAUCAGAUUCUGGACCCCUGGAUUUACAUCAUGUGCCAGUGGUCCAAGCUGAGGCGAGUGCAUUGGGUUCAGUAUGUCGUGUCAUCACUCCUGUCUGUGGGCUGUGAUCGGCUGGCUCCCCAGUGUCGCCUUGAACAACUGCCAACUACUGAAGUGUCAUCAUGCAGCUUUGUUAACUUGAGCUCACUGGAGUGCUUGCUUGGUGCAUUCAUACAGCACUUCAUCGCAUUGAAAACAAUUAAUAGGCGCUUGUUUAUUCAUUGAUUUGAGUAUGUUUUCAUUCCAUUGAACUAACCCGAAUGUUUUUUCAUCACAAACACAAAAUGCUAACAGUGAUCAAACAGUGUGUUUGAUUGGAAUCAACAUUUUUUGGGAUGCAGAGAAGGAAUUGCAAUGAGAGAAAAUUCUAAUAUUUUGCAAUGAAAUAACCGUCCAAAUACAUUCAUCCAACUGUAUUCUCUGCCUCUUGAAAAAUGUUUAUAUGCUUUGCUCACACAUUAAAGGUCAGAGACUGAAUACAGUGUAAUAUAUAUGCAUUGCUUUUUACAAUAGAGUUUGAAUGUUUGUCUUGUGCAGUUUUGGGCGGUUAUCAUAGUAGGGGUUGUUGCAGAUGUUAAUGUAACAGAAAACAAACAGGAAAUAACUUUUGAAUUAACCUCUUUGAAUUAACCGUCCUCUCUCUAUUCCUUCCCACCCCUUAUACUCUCCAUCUUCAUUCUCCAUUAGAUCUUUGUUGCACAGACUGUGUUAUCCGGAAGCCCGCUGCAAAUCAAGUACCUGCUGCUGUGGCUUCGGUUUGCCACGUGGAACCAGAUCCUCGAUCCCUGGGUCUACAUCCUUUUCCGAAGAGCGGUUCUUAAGAGAAUCUAUCCCAAAUUCCAGUGGUCCAGACGCUCUUUUCUGACCCUCUACCCAUCUCUGAACAGCACAACCUGCAGAAUGACCAGGUGUUCAUCUAGAGGAGGACUCGAGCAGGAGGAAGCAACCAAAACCAUUGACUCACAUACAACAGUUACUCAAACAAAGACCACAGAUCCCACACAAUGAUAGGCUGAAUUAUAAUUUGGAAAAGCCUGAAAUGUCUGUAGGUUUUGGUCAUAGCAAUUUUUUAACAAAAUCCAGUAGAAUGAGCCUACACGUGCAUGCAUAGGUUCUUGCAUGGGUUUAGGAUUAGGAUACUGAGACAAUCAAGUAUGCAAUUAACAUGGACCAGAUGGACAUUUAAAAUAUUACACAUUAUAUACAGUAUACUUGUUCCAGUGACUUAUAUGGCUCGACGUUGCUGAUGUUUACUUUUCUUUCACAUAUAUAUUUCUGGUGGAGUCUGCCUUUGCUUAGAAUGUUCCAGAGUAUGGUAACUGAUCUAUCUUCAUAAAGACAAGCAGGUGACACCGUUAGGUCAAGUUACAGACCCCAGAUGACCCCAUUCCCAAUAAGAAUGUAUGUGUUUUAAGAUAUUUUUAAGCAAUAAAUACGAUAAGAUACAUUUCAUGCGUUACUGUGGAACAUUCUAGGUUAAGCAAUACCAUAUCCAUGGAAAUAAGUAGAAAGCAGACGCUCCACCAGAAAAAUUCCAGUGUGCACAUUUGAAGAAUUUAUCAGCUGCUUUACAAUACUUUAUAUGGAAAGAAAAGUAGAGUGCAAACUAGUAUGUAUGUAGUCUAAGUAAGCAUGAUGUGAAUGUAGAGUUGGAUGUGACUUUUGGUAUGAUAGACAGGAUUUAAGUAAGUUGUUUUGUUUUUUUUAAGCCCACAGUCCAAAUAGAAUAUUAAGAUGAAGUACCUCAUUUUGAACAUGCAUAUAAAGCACUGUAUGUAUUUUGUGUUAAAGCUACUUUGAUGAGUUUGUUUCUUUACUGACCUCACUCAUUUAAGGUGACUUAGAAUGUCUUACUUUUUCAUGAACAAAAAGAUGUAUUUAUCAGCUUGCAUAUACUCAUAAUCUGACGUUUUGACUUUGUGUCUAUCUGCAUCCAUGGUUACAGCACUUUGUGAAUAUAAUCCUUAAAUGAAGGCAUUGAAUCG